ACUCAUCGUCACUGGUUCGAUAUUCAGUCCGCAGAAAGUACGAAACGGCAAUACGAGGCACAGACCGACAGACAGAGGCACCGAAGGCGGAAAAACACACAAGACAUAAGACAGAAAAUAACAAAAAUUGAAUUCUAUAUACGCGAGAUGUGUAUAUGAAGGCAGUUCCUGCUCUUAGACCGGUCGUCGCAAUAUCUUCGUCGUGUUCCAAAGUUCAGUGAACGAGAUAGAACGAAUCGUGGACGGAAAGAAGGAUUGGAGAGGAGAAAGAGACUGCUUCAAGCUGAACCGAAUCCUGCCAAAGGAGGGAAGAAUCAGGAUCGCCUCGAAGAUCUGUUGUAAUGGUUCACAGGCGUUGGGUUUUCUCUGAGCGUGGCGAGGAACCCAAUUUCAGGAAGGAGCACUACGAAUACACCCAAAGUCAGCACCGAUAAGACGGCGGGAAGAAGGGGUAUACUCUUUCCCAAAAAGCAAAAGAAUUCCCAGAAGAAUUCCCAGAAGAAUCCCCUCGCAAAGGAAGUCCAUUCAACUUGCAGCAAUUAUUUGUGCCAACGAUCUCAUUAGCAGCAGCCGCAAAUAAUCCAAAUAACAAAACAAUAAUAAAAUAAUAAUAAUAAUAACAA